CCCUAGGGUGACGUAUUGGGGGCCAUAGGUUUUGCAAUUGGCUUGGCCUGUUGGCUCCGGACGUGAUAGUGAGUGACUGCAAUUUAUAUCCGACCCAAAUUCUGGUCAGCCCUUGUACAUGGGGCAGGUGCUUCCCAGCCUGGGUGGCUUCAACCACUUUCACCUUUUGUCUGCUUUUCUUCUGCGAGCCUUAACCUCUGUGUCGUGACCAUCGACAAUUCAGCUUCGUUGUGUCUGCAAUUUAUCUACUUUGAGCUGUCCGGCAUACCCCAGCAUUGCGCAAGGCUCUAGUCACAAGUUACCAGCCCUUUUGAGUUCAGUCAAAUAUGUCGACAAACUCAGACAUCGAAGCCCAAGUCGGCGGUGACCAACCAGCCGAUGCCUUGGCUCGCGUCUCAUUCGACCAAGACCUGCAUCAUUCUCGACGCUCAAGCGCCAACCAUGAAAGGGCCAGCGAUUCUGAUAAGAAAUCGACACGGGGUAGUUCGGAAGGCGAGGGGGCCGUCGAGAUAGAAAGCGCACAAAACGAGAUAGCAAGAGUCGAGUCCUUUCGCAGCCGAGCAAGCAGGAGAAGCAAGAAGAGCCGAAAGGACCAUCUAACUGCUGCCCCCUUGCCCCUGUCUGAGCUCGAAAAAGGCGUAGUUGGGUGGGAAAGCCAGGACGACCCAAUUAUGCCACUCAACUAUGCCACUAACAGGAAGCGCUGGAUCAUAUCCCUGGUCGCCUUCGUCAGUCUCAUGACACCACUGUCGUCUUCCAUCCUUGCCCCAGCCAUCGCAGAUAUCAGCAAGGAGUUCAGCGUCACGUCGACAACCCUGGCAGCAAUGCCCGUCUCCAUCUACCUACUCGGGUAUGCGUUUGGGCCGCUCUUUCUCGCCCCUCUGUCUGAGAUUCACGGCAGAGCGGUCGUGUUGACGACAGCGAAUAUAUUCUUCUGCCUCUGGCACAUUGGCGUUGCCCUCGCGCCAAACUUGGGCAGUCUGGUUGUGUUUCGCUUCUUCUCGGGGGUCGGAGGUAGUGGAUGCAUGACACUUGGGGGAGGUAUCAUCGCAGAUAUGUUCCCUGUAGAGGAACGGGGACUCGCCAUGUCGCUAUGGACCCUUGGCUUGACUUUAGGCCCGUCCCUCGGACCCGUUAUUGGAGCUUUCAUUGCGGGCUCGAUCGGCUGGCGCUGGGCCCCUUGGAUAGUCAUGAUCCCAUCCGUCAUCUGCACCAUCCUGCUAUUUUUCCUCCUCCCCGAGACGAACCAUCGCGUCCUCAUAGACCGCAAGGUCAAAGCGCUCCGUGCCGAGCUCAAUCGACCCGAACUCGAAAGCCGCUACGAGACGGAGCAGACACGCGGCCUCUCCCGCGGCGCUGUCCUCCGCAUCGGCCUCACCCGUCCCCUGCAGAUCCUUGUCUUCACGCCCAUCGUGUCCAUCCUCUCCAUCUACGUCUCCUUCGUCUACGGCACCGUCUACCUCAUGUUCAACACGAUCUCGCCCGUCUUUGAGAACCAAUAUGGGUGGAGCCCGGGAGUCGCCGGGCUUCCCUUUAUCGCCCUCGCCCUUGGCUUCUUCGCCGGACUCCUCGCCUUCUCCGUACUCUCGGACAGUACCGUCAUCCGGUUGUCGAAGGCCAACGGGGGCGUUUUCAAGCCUGAGAUGCGGUUGCCGCUCAUGAUAUAUUAUGCCAUUAUCACCCCGAUCACUUUCUUCUGGUACGGCUGGGCUAUCGACAAGCAGGUGUGCUGGAUUGUGCCGGUUCUGGGCCUGUUCCCACUGGGUGUGGGUGUUAUCGGCAUUUGGAUGCCCGCCCAGGCGUACAUUGUUGACGCGUAUUCGGCUUAUGCGGCGAGCGGCCUGGCGGCCUUCACGGUGUUGAGGAGCAUCAUUGCGGCGUUUUUACCGCUGGCGGGGCCGGCUAUGUUUAAGAGUUUGGGGCUGGGUUGGGGUAAUAGUCUACUGGGGUUUCUCUGUGUCGCCAUGAUCCCGGUGCCGGUGCUCAUUCAUAGAUUUGGAGAGAGGAUUAGAAAAAGGUACCCGUUGACUUUCUAGUGGAUUUGGGAGAGCGCAGUGUCAUGACAUCAGAUGUAGGUGCCGCUGGCUAUAAAGUUACUCGAUACAUGGGCUGAGCAUUAAGCAGAGGAAGAGUAUGCGCAUGACUUCAUCAACGCGAUGGCUCUAUCUGCACGAGUUUAUACACUCUACCAAGGAAUUCUUCAACCCAUCCACGUAGCCAUCACAACACCAAGAAUAACGUCUUUAUGGACUUAGUGUUAUGUUUCUUGGGGUAAUAUACAUCAUUGAGGAUAUCAUCAAGCGUUUCAAGCCAGCCUUCAACUAACAUUGGUGUACAGAAGGUAGCUUGACUGCGUUAGAUGAGCAUUCAUAUCCGAUGUGCGGAGAGCGAGGAAAGGCAACCUGUACGCCUCGGUACGCUUAUACCCAGGAAGACCUAAUAUAUUAGCGUUCCAUUUUGUAACCGAGGCUGCUCAAUUCUAUUCACCUAGGCAAGAUGCUAGUAGUUUAUCGAC